UUUCCUACAUGGCAAUCCAAUCCAACCCACAAAUAAAACUUCCACUUCUGCUCCUUCCUUUUCACUUUUUCGUAACUCUUUCUUUCUCUCUACGUCCUAAACUUUACACACAACCAACCAAAUCAUGUCUGCCUAUUCUUCUGCUUCUUACUCUUCUUCACCAGCACUAAUUUUCACUUGUUCAUUCAUUUUCCUACUAACUAUAAACUCCUCGAUCUCAUUAGCUAAACCCACCACCACAACUCGCCGGCCACCCCGCCAACUCUCCGUUAAUUACUAUGCAAAAACAUGCCCUCAACUCGAGCAACUCGUCAACUCUGUUACUUCUCAGCAAUUCAAAGAAACGCCCGUUUCAGGACCGGCCACCAUUCGUCUGUUCUUCCACGACUGCUUUGUAGAAGGAUGUGAUGCUUCAAUUCUGAUAUCGAAAAAACCAGGGACUAAGGAAUUGGCAGAAAAAGAUGCAGAAGAUAAUAAGGAUUUGAGAGCUGAGGGAUUUGAAGGUAUUAAAAAGGCUAAGGCAUUGGUGGAGAGCAAGUGCCCUGGUGUUGUUUCUUGCUCAGAUAUUCUUGCAAUUGCAGCCAGAGAUUAUACCCACCUGGCAGGAGGACCUUAUUACCAAGUAAAAAAAGGAAGAUGGGAUGGAAAAAUAUCAAUGGCAUCAAGAGUACCAUUCAAUCUCCCUAGAGCAAAUUCAACCGUUGAUCAGCUUCUAAAACUCUUCAAAUCCAAAGGAUUAACACUUGAAGAUUUGGUAGUACUUUCAGGUGCACAUACAAUAGGAUUUGCCCACUGUAGCCAAUUUCUUACCCGGCUCUAUAAUUUUCAUGGCACAAAGAAACCCGACCCGGACAUUGACCCGAGGCUACUAAAGGCAUUAAAAAUGUCAUGCCCGCCAUUUGGUGGAAAUUUGGAUAUUGUGGCACCAUUUGAUGUGACUACUCCAUUUUUGUUUGACCAUGCUUAUUAUGGCAACUUAGAGGCUAAAUUGGGCUUAUUGGCUACGGACCAGGCCCUGUUUUUGGACCCGAGAACCAAGCCUUUGGUUCAGCAAUUGAGUAAAGAUAAGCAGAAAUUUUAUCAAGCAUUUGCACAAGCAAUGGAUAAAAUGGGUUCAAUUGGUGUUAAAAGAGGAAGAAGGCAUGGGGAGAAGAGGAAAGAUUGUAGCUUACAUGCUUCAUAAAUCAUGAUUUUUCAACUUCACUUUUUUUUUUCUUUUCUUAAUUGUAUUUUUGUUUUCCUUUUAGGUUUGUGUUGAAGUUUAUUCUUUUGGAUUUGUGAUCGAGUGUUUUUGUGAAUGAGAGAUAUGUUAGAGUUAUUCUUCUUUUUUAUGAAUAACUUAAUAAAAUUAAAAUUCUCACUA